AUGGAGAAUGAGCAUCUCGACUCCGGCGACCAGCCCACCCUGCCGCCGCAACCACCCAAGCACCUAACGGACGACAUGCUCCGCAACGUCUUCCACCGCCUCCCGCCGGAGCCUAUCGCCCUUGCCUUUGUCUGCUCGUCCUACAAACCGUGGCGGCGCGUCGUCCACGACGAGGAGAACUUCCUCCGCCCCUUCCGCAUGGCCCACCACAACAUCCCACCUCUCCUCGGUCUCUACUCCGACGACGUCCACGGCUCGCUUCACUUCACCCGCACCACGAAAGGCGCGAUGAAUCUGCCGGCCCCGCCGUUGGCAUCUGCCGUGGAGCACCGCCCUGGUUUCCACGGCUACGGCUGCACCCACGGCCGCCUGCUCCUCGACGCCGCCAGGGACGACAACAGCCACGGUGAGCUCCUUGUGUGGGACCCCCUGACUGAGGAACAUAACCUCGUUCCAUCAGCGCCCGGUUUCGUCCGCGGACAGAGCUGCGGCGCCGCGCUGGUCUGCGACGCCGAUCACGCCCACCACGGCGACUGCCACUCGUCGCCAUUCCGCGUCGUCUUCGCGUACAGCGAGUACAUGCCUCCUGGCCCCUUCCACCCUCCCAGUUUUAUCCGCAUCUUCGUCUACGUCUACAGCUCCGUGACCAGAAGCUGGGGCGGUCGCCCGGCAGCCGUCUUGCGCGCGCGCGAGGGGUGGCACUUCGACAGGAAGCCGAGCGCCGUGUCCGGCUCCGGCAACGGCGCCUCCGUGUUCUGGAUGACGGGAGAGGGCCGCAACGUGCUCGAAUUUCACCUCGAGACAGAGAGGUUUCUACUGAUGGGGACACCAGAUGCUACACGGGGCGAGGACUUUGUUCUCGCGCCGGCUCAGGACGCGCGGCUGGGUUUGGCCGGUGUGAUCGACAACUUUUUCGUCGUGUUGUUCUCGAGGGACGAUGAUGGCGCCUGGGUUCACCGUAUCCUGCUUAGACUCAACGCCUUUCCGUUCCAUGCUGAUGCCGAUGCCGAUGCUGAUGGGCUCUUCGGUAUUGACAUACCCACGUACUCUGAUGAUGAGGAUGGUCUUUCGGAUGAUGACGACGACGCCACAGAAGCAAAGGCAAGGUCUUUCGGAUUUUGA